GCGCUCGUACGACACGCUCCGGAGGAAGGAAUGCCAUUGAUACUUGUCGAGGCAUUAGAACGCGUGGGAGAGCAGUGUAUACCUCUGCUUGACGAACUAGCGGGAUGCAAACAACCUAAUGAAUAUGUUGACCCUUGGCUGAGCACGGACUUCCAGCACUCGGCGGGCCUCUUGGAGGACUGGAACACGUUGAUGGCAGAUGCAUUCAAUCUUGGGACUCGGGUGUCAUUUGAUUUUUCUUGACCUGAGGAGUCCUGCCAUGAGGAUCAUGAAUGUGGCG